UUGUCAUUGCGCCUGGCACUGUUUAGAAAAUUGUCUGUUGCGCGAAGGAAAAAACGCGAUUUAAACCAUAAAUCGUCAUUAAUUUACCCGAAAUUUCAGUGAGAAACGCGUAAAAAUGUCGCUUCUAUCGAGAGUUGUUGCCCGAAACUUGCUUCAGGCUUCGUCACGUGGCUUGCAUACGACGGGGGCAUUGAAUGCUCCAACCAACAAGGAAGGACGAAUCAAGUGCACACUUAUUCCUGGCGAUGGUGUCGGACCUGAAUUGGUUUAUUCGGUGCAAGAAGUGUUCAAGGCAUGUAACGUUCCCGUGGAUUUCGAGACGUUUUUCUUGUCGGAAGUGAAUCCCUCGUUAUCCGCCCCAUUGGAGGACGUCGUAAAAUCCAUUCAAAAGAACAAAGUUUGUCUCAAAGGCAUUCUCGCGUCGCCCGAUUUCAGUCGCACGGGCGAAUUGCAAACGCUCAACAUGAAACUUCGCAACGAACUCGACUUGUACGCCAACAUGGUGCACGUUCAGAGCUUCCAAGGCAUCGAUACGCGACACAAGGACUUGGAUAUCGUCGUUGUGCGUGAACAAACCGAAGGCGAAUAUUCGGCAUUGGAACACGAAACAGUUCCGGGCGUCGUUGAAUGCCUCAAAGUCAUCACGGCAAAAAAAUCACAGAGAAUCGCCAAGUUUGCAUUUGACUACGCGAUCAAGCAUAACAGGAAAAAGGUCACCGCCGUGCACAAAGCGAACAUCAUGAAACUCGGCGACGGGCUUUUCCUCAAAAGUUGCGAAGAAAUGGCAAAAAUGUAUCCGCGCAUCAAGUUCGAGAAGAUGAUUGUCGACAACACGACGAUGCAACUCGUUUCGCAUCCGCAUCAAUUCGACGUCAUGGUAACGCCCAAUUUGUACGGAAAUAUUGUCGAUAAUAUCGCGUCGGGACUCGUUGGAGGAGCUGGCGUUGUUGCAGGUGCCUCGUACUCGUCGGAACAUGUCGUCUUUGAGCCGGGAGCGCGUCACACGUUCUCGGAGGGCGUCGGAAAAAAUAUCGCCAAUCCAACUGCCAUGUUGCUGUGCUCAUCAAAGAUGUUGCGUGAUGUGAAUUUGCUCCAUUAUGCGAACAUGAUCUAUGAUGCCGUCAAGAAGGUGCUUGCCGAUGGCAAAGUGCGUACUAAGGAUUUGGGAGGACAAGACACAACAGACGAGUUUACUAAAGCUGUCAUCUACAACUUGCAUUAGAUCGAAAAAUUAUAUCUCAACCCUUAAACACGAUUGGUACUACUAAAAAAGGACAAUAUUUAUUACAUACUGCGAAAAAAAAAAAUUAGCAAAAAAAAUUAUU